AUGCUUAUAUUUCUAUUAAUUAUUGUAAUUAGUAAUGGGGUAGAAAGUAUUAAUAAUACAAAAGUAAUACACACACAAAUACAAUCAAAUAAACAUAAAAUAAUGUACAAAAUAUAUAAAUUACAAUUAAAAGGUGAAGAAGGAAUAACAAAAACACCAUCAGUACAAUCCACAGACGCAAGUGAUACUCAUAAUAAACAACAAGAAGGUCAACCACAAACAAAUAACUCACUAGAGCCUUCAAAAACAAGUACAACAAAACCAAAUAAUGCACAAACAAGUGUGUCAUCAGAUACAUCAAGUAAAACAACAAGUGUCACAGGUGGACAAGAACCAACAAGCACAGAAAGUGUAACAACAGGAGAAAAGGGACAAAGCAAUACAGACAAUACAAAUUACCCAAGUUCACCACAACCAACAAGCGACAUUAGUGGAAAAGGCACACCUCAAGCAUCAGGUGUAAAAAAUGGAGAAGACGGACAAGGUACAAUACCGUCAACAGGUGAAGCAACACAAGAAAAAAAUGAGAAAGCAGAAGGAAGUGGAGAAGGUGCAGGAAAAACAAAUUCUGGCAAAGAGCAAGAAAUAGAAAAAAAUGAACAAGGACAUAAUGGAGAUACUGAAGCAACAGGAGAAAGUGAAGAAACAAAAAACAAAAAAGAAGGGUUAGAUGAGAAAGGAGGAUCUUCAAAUGAAGCAUUACCAACAGAUAAAAACGGAAAAGUUGAAGAAGGGAAUAAUGGAAAAGAAAUGAGUGGAGGAGAGUCAACAACAGGAGCAAAUGAUGGAGAAGCAAAUGAUAAUACAUCAGCAAAAGAAAAAGAAACUCAACCAGUUAAUGGAAAUGAUAAGUCAGAAAUGAAUGAACAAAAAGGAAAUACAACAAAUGAAAAAACCGAUUCAAAAAACAAUACAAAAACAAACAAUGAACAAGAUGGAAAGAAUAAUUCAGACAAAACACCAGAAAUAAUUCCAGAAGAAAAACAAAAUAAUACUACAAAUACAACAGACACCAAUUCUUCAAAUGAGACAGAUGAUAAACCAGAUAAUAACAAUAACGAACAAAUUGAACAUCAUAAUAUGAAUAAUGCUUCAACCUUUUUUAUUCUUCAAUCUAUUUUCAUUCUUGCUUUGGUAUUUUAA